CCCAAAAAAAACUAUAAUUAAUUCAAGGAGAAACCCUAGAGUAAGGAGCCGAGUUGAAACCCAUCUCACCCAGAUGUUUCUACUCGCGACUCACGAUUCCACCAGCGAUCCGACCAGCCCUUCGUCAAACUCCUUUCUCUCAACCCUUUUAGCUUGAAAUCAAAUUCCCUUUUCAAUUCUCUGAUACCAAACAAAGAUAGUGAAUGUCGUUGCAAUCAAAAUGAUCAGAAAGGGCUCGGAAUUCAUUAACAUUCAAGCUAAUGAAGGCUGUGCCGUUUUAUUGAUCAACAAGCUAUUGAGAUCGAAUUGUAACCGGAGUUCACUGGUGGUGACAAGUGCUUCAAAAUAUGAACUGACCGAUCUCUAAACAGAGGCCCAUAGACUUGGGCUCAGUUAGGCCCUAGUGUUGUAGCAAUGAUGGCCCCUAUUCGCACCUCUGGAUUUGUUGAUCCAGGGUGGGAGCAUGGAGUUGCUCAAGAUGAAAAGAAGAAGAAAGUUAAAUGCAAUUACUGUGGGAAAAUAGUAAGUGGUGGCAUAUAUAGAUUGAAGCAACAUUUAGCUCGAGUUUCAGGGGAAGUUACUUAUUGUGACAAGGCUCCGGAGGAAGUAUAUUUGAGAAUGAGAGAAAACCUUGAAGGUUGUCGUUCCAAUAAGAAACCAAGGCAAUCUGAAGAUGAUGAACAGUCCUAUUUGAACUUCCAUUCCAAUGAUGAUGAAGAAGAUGGUUCACAUGUGACAUAUAGAAAUAGAGGAAGGCAACUGAUGGGAAACAGGAAUGUUGGUACUAACAUGACCCCUCUGAGGUCAUUAAGAUAUGUUGAUCCUGGAUGGGAACAUGGUGUGGCUCAAGAUGAAAGGAAGAAGAAGGUAAAGUGCAACUACUGUGAAAAGAUAGUAAGUGGAGGUAUUAAUAGGUUUAAACAGCAUCUAGCCAGAAUUCCUGGAGAAGUGGCUCCUUGCAAACAUGCUCCCGAGGAAGUGUAUCUUAAGAUCAAAGAGAAUAUGAAAUGGCAUCGUACUGGAAGGAGACAUGUACAGACUGAUGCCAAUGAGAUAUCGGCUUAUUUUAUGCAAUCAGAUAAUGAAGAAGAAGAAGAAGAGAAAGAGGAAUCGCUGCAUCAUAUUAGCAAGGAAAGGUUUAUUGAUGGUGACAAAAGAUUGAGCAAAGAUUUGAAAAGUACUUUCAGGGGAAUGGCCCCUGGUGGAGGAUCCGAACCGUCAGUUAAAAGGUCAAGGUUAGAUUCUGUUUUUCUGAAAACCACCAAAAGACAAACUGAACAGGUGCAGAAACAAGCUUUAGUAAAAAGAGGAGGCAAUAGGAGGUCACGGAAAGAAGUGAUGACUGCAAUUUGCAAAUUCUUUUGCUAUGCAGGAAUUCCUUUUCAAUCUGCAAAUUCUGUUUACUUUCAUAAGAUGUUGGAGACAGUUGGUCAAUAUGGAUCAGGCUUGGUUGGCCCUUCAUGCCAACUUAUGUCUGGUCGAUUAUUACAGGAGGAAGUUGCAACUAUUAAGUCUUACCUGGUUGAGUUGAAGGCCUCCUGGGCAGUUACUGGUUGUUCAAUUCUGGUAGACAAUUGGAAAGGCUCAGAUGGUAGGGCUUUUAUAAACUUUUUGGUUUCUUGCCCCCGUGGUGUUUACUUUGUGUCGUCAGUUGAUGCCAUGGAAAUAGUAGAUGACCCUUCAAACUUGUUUAGAGUUCUUGAUGGAGUGGUUGAUGAAAUUGGAGAAGAAAAUGUGGUGCAGGUAAUCACUGAGAAUACUCCCAUUUAUAAAGCUGCUGGGAAAAUGCUUGAGGAGAAGAGAAGAAAUUUAUUCUGGACUCCAUGUGCAACCUAUUGUGUCGAUCACAUGCUUGAAGAUUUUUUGAAAUUGAGAUCCGUGGAAGACUGCAUGGAAAAGUGCCAAAAAAUUACCAAGUUUAUUUAUAAUAGGAGCUGGUUGUUAAAUUUUAUGAAGAAUGAAUUCACCCAGGGACUGGAACUUCUGAGGCCUUCAGUUACUCGGAAUGCCUCUAGCUUUGCUACUUUGCAGUGCUUGCUAGAACACAAAGGUAGUUUACGGAGAAUGUUCGUCUCCAGUGAGUGGACUUCUAGCAGGUUUUCUAAAUCUAGUGAGGGACAAGAAGUAGAGAUGAUUGUCUUAAAUCCUUCAUUUUGGAAGAAGGUGCAAUAUGUUUGUAAAUCUGUGGAACCAGUAUUGCAAGUUCUUCAAAAAGUUGAUUCUGUUCAAAGCUUGUCAAUUUCAUCCAUAUAUAAUGAUAUGUACAGAGCCAAGUUUGCUAUACAAUCCAUUCAUGGUGAUGAUGCCAGGAAAUAUGGACCCUUCUGGAAUGUGAUAGAUAACAACUGGAAUUCUUUAUUUUGCCACCCUUUACACAUGGCUGCGUUUUUCUUAAAUCCAUCAUACAGAUAUCGUCCUGAUUUUGUGGCGCAUUCGGAGGUGGCUCGUGGACUUAAUGAAUGCAUAGUUCGGCUAGAGUCCGACAGUUCUAGAAGGAUCUCUGCAUCUAUGCAGAUUUCUGACUAUAAUUCAGCAAAGUCUGAUUUUGGAACUGAGCUGGCUAUUAGUACAAGAACAGAGCUUGAUCCAGCUGCAUGGUGGCAACAACAUGGAAUCAGUUGCUUAGAGCUGCAACAAAUAGCUGUUCGCAUACUGAGUCAGACAUGUUCAUCUUUGUGUUUUGAACACAACUGGACCCCAUUCGCUAAAGAACAUAGUCAAAGGCACAAUACUUUGUCUCAGAGAAAAAUGGCUGAUUUGUUGUACGUCCACUACAACCUGCGACUUCGGGAACGCCAACUGAGAAAGCAAUCUAAUGAGUCAGUUUCUCUUGAUCAUAUUCUUAUGGAACACUUAUUGGAUGAUUGGAUUGUGGAACCCCAGAAACAAGGCAUGCAAGAAGAUGAGGAAAUCCUUUGUCCUGGAAUGGAGCCACUCGAUGCAUAUGAGAAUGAUUUGAUUGACUAUGAGGAUGGGUCAUCGGAUGGUCGGAAGGGUUGCCUUCAACUGGUUGGUUUGACUGAUAUAGACACAUUGGAUGUCAAUCCUGCCAAUGGAGGCGCUUCCACGGACAAUGAUGCCGAUGUUAAGUUUUACGACAAUGAGCUAAGUGACUAAAAUAGGGAUAUGGCAAUAAGAAAGAAGCUGAUCUUUUGAUGGCCAAGGCACUGCGAGAAUGUCCAAAUAGUGGCAUUUGCGGGAAGCCUGAAUAGAGAUGGUACCUUGCCCACGAUGUAAAACCAAGAGCAUUGAUGCACUUCAAAAAUAUGAUCAUGAUACUCACAUUGUUGCUGCUGUGGCCAAGUGGUUUUGGCAUUACAGGAAGGUUGACAUUGCUAGAACUUGGCUGAACAGGGCAGUAAUUCUUGCUUCAGGUGUUCGUGGUUUUACUACAAAUUCAAAAUUCAGCAGGGUACUGACGAGAAUCAGAAGAAACGUACUGAAGAGAUAUGUUGAUGCAGAAUCCAAACACAGUUGCAAAAUGGCGAACAAUUUCGAUGGCUGAGGAGAACUUCCAUCUAACGACUGAAGCAAUCUUGAAAAAACUAGUUGUUGCACUAGGUAAGGAGUAGGGCGCAGUUGAAAAGCAAAAUUUAGUUUCUACGAAGUUCAGAGUAUUUAGCCUCUCGCCUGUGAAUUCAUGUAUGAUUUAUUAGAAUCUGAGUUAUAUUAUCGAACUAUUUAAUCAAUGACUGAAAAUUAUGGCUUGUGAAA